UGAAGGCAGAAGGAUCUAUUCACUGGCAAAGGGGGAUCCAGUGCUCCUAUCAAAGCCUGUUUUAUCAACAAAACUUCUACGCUACCCAGGAUACAAUAUUUUUUUUCAUUUAUUCAGGGGGAGCCUAUGAGGCAAGAAGGCUGCUCAAAGAUUCGAGCAACAGAGGAAUGAGAUCUGAAAGUUGGAAUGCUGUUUGUUUCCCCCUAUUCUGCUGGAUUGUCUGAACAGCCUGGAAAAUGGUAAAUGAUCAUUUGGAUCAAUUACAGGCUUUUAGCUGUGUUGUCUGUCAUAAUUCAUGAUUCUGGUCUGGGAAAAAGACCAACAGCCUACGUGCCAAAAAAGGGGCAGAGUUUGAUGGAGUUGGAUGUACUUUUAUAUGCCAUUUCCCUCCGUACCUAGAGGAAGGCACUUUUACAGACAUACAGUAGAGGGGGAAUCAUGUUUGACUGCAUGGAUGUGCUAGCAGUAAGCCCUGGUCAGAUGUUGGAUUUCUACACUGCAAGUCCGUCUUCCUGCAUGCUGCAAGAGAAGGCUCUGAAAGCAUGCUUCAGUGGAUUGGCUCAAACAGAGUGGCAACAUCGGCACAGUGCGCAAUCAAUUGAAACUCAGAGCACCAGUUCUGAGGAACUUGUUCCCAGCCCGCCUUCCCCGCUUCCUCCCCCUCGGGUUUACAAGCCGUGUUUUGUUUGUCAAGACAAAUCUUCUGGCUAUCACUAUGGUGUCAGUGCUUGUGAGGGAUGUAAGGGUUUUUUCCGCAGAAGCAUUCAGAAAAACAUGGUUUAUACAUGUCAUCGAGAUAAGAACUGUGUUAUUAAUAAAGUCACUAGGAAUCGCUGCCAGUAUUGCAGACUACAGAAGUGCUUUGAAGUGGGAAUGUCCAAAGAAUCUGUCAGAAAUGACAGGAACAAGAAGAAGAAGGAGCCUUUAAAGCAGGAGUUCAUGGAGAACUAUGAAAUGACAGCAGAGUUGGAUGAUCUCACAGAAAAAAUAAGGAAAUCUCACCAGGAAACAUUCCCUUCACUCUGCCAGCUGGGCAAAUACACUACGAACUCUAGUGCAGACCAUAGAGUACGACUGGACCUCGGGCUUUGGGACAAAUUCAGUGAACUUGCUACAAAAUGCAUUAUUAAAAUAGUGGAGUUUGCAAAACGCUUGCCAGGCUUUACAAGUUUGACGAUUGCAGACCAGAUCACACUACUUAAGGCUGCCUGCUUAGACAUCUUGAUCCUGAGAAUUUGCACAAGAUAUACCCCUGAACAAGACACAAUGACAUUUUCUGACGGCCUUACACUGAACCGAACUCAGAUGCAUAAUGCUGGAUUUGGUCCCCUAACAGAUCUUGUGUUCACUUUUGCCAAUCAGCUCCUGCCCCUGGAAAUGGAUGAUACAGAAACUGGCCUGCUUAGUGCCAUCUGCUUAAUCUGUGGAGACCGCCAGGACCUUGAAGAACCAGCAAAAGUAGAUGAACUACAGGAGCCAUUGUUAGAGGCCCUCAAAAUAUACAUCAGAAAAAGAAGACCCAACAAACCUCAUAUGUUCCCAAAGAUCUUAAUGAAAAUCACAGAUCUACGUAGUAUCAGUGCAAAAGGUGCUGAACGUGUUAUUACCCUCAAAAUGGAAAUUCCUGGAUCUAUGCCGCCUCUCAUCCAGGAAAUGUUGGAGAACUCUGAAGGACAUGAACCACUGACACCAAGUUCACCUGGGACGACAACAGAGCACAGUCCUAGUAUCUCCCCAAGCUCAGUGGAUAAUAGUCAUGUAACACAAUCCCCACUGGUGCAAUAAGAUACGUUCCAGCUACAUUCCCAAAACUUUAUGUACAGGGACGACAUGCAAGAAUGGGCUUUACUGCUGCUUGUUUUCUGGACUUACACAUACACUAAAAUGCAACAAGGACCAAGUCAUUUCUAUAUGUGUCUGUGAAAGACAUAGAUAUAUAUGUUAUACACACACACACCUUGCAGCUUAACUAGAAAGUAUCCAACUUUUGAAAUAUCACACCAGCUAUUUCACGAAUUGAAAAACUAGUUAAGCUUCACUUAUGAAUGUCCAAGACUGCAAGGUGAAAAAAGAAAUCUCAAACAAGAGGUUAAAAUUAUGGUUGUAUCAUUUCUGAUGACUUUGUACAUACAGAUAUAUGGGCCUGUACUUUCUAUACUGGAUGUUUGGUGCUUUCCUUUUUUUGUUGCAUACAUUAAAUGACUCAGAAAUCAUGCUUGUAAAAUGGACUAGUCACAUGUCCAUUCUAAGAAAGACAUUCUAAUUCAGUUAGGAUGAAAACUAGUCAUUGCUGUUUUUUACGGCCUCAGUUUGUAUUUCAGUUAUUUUCCAGCAAGAAGAAACAAAGAAAUUCACUGCACUAGCAGAAGGAACUUCUGUGUAAGUGUAACUGCCAGAUCAGUUAUUUGGAUGUAAUCUGUUUCACUGUUAAUGUCACUUUAAAAUUUAUGAAGGAGGUUGUUACUUGACUGACCUCUACAUUUAAAAAUUAAUCCUAAAUUUUUACUUCAGUUAUAGCCUUCAAGGCAGAAACACUUUCCAGUGUUACCAGUGAUUUUUGUUUAUUUGUUCACAAGUGGUUAGGGAAGCUUCAUGGGCUAAUGACCAGGCAUACUCGCUACCUCUGAGUUGGUGACACUAGUGAAAAACAAUUCUGGAGAAACUGCCCUUCAGCCCUAGGCCUUCUGUCUGGUACUAAAGGGCUGUCACUAGAAUACCCAAAAGCAGAGGUAAGAACGCACCUCAAUAACUUUGUUAAUCACCAUAAAACAGAGUGGAAAAUGUGGUAGAGUGGUUACAAUUUUUUAAAGUGUCAGUUUCUUAGGUUUCAUUUAAAAGCACUAGUGGAUUUUUUUUUAUAUAUUCUAGCAAGUCUGUGAUGUACUUUCACUGGCUCUGUUUGUACAUUGAGAUUGUUUAACAAUGCUUUCUAUGUUCAUAUACUGUUUACCUUUUUCCAUGGAAUCUCCUGGCAAAGAAUAAAAUAUAUUUAUUUUAGCCCUGC